GCGCAUUCGGUUGUAGGGCCAUGGGCGGGGUGUGGAUUGUAAAGCGAUGGCCGUCCCCGGUCCGCUUCAGACUCUGGCUUUUUGAAGCCGCAAUCAAGCGGGCUCUCGAAGGCCGGCAACGUCACCAUGUACCCCCCGCCGCCGCCGGCGCCUCACCGGGACUUCAUCUCGGUGACGCUGAGCUUAGGCGAGAGCUACGAUAACAACAAGAGCCGGCGGCGGCGCUCGUGCUGGAGGAAAUGGAAGCAGCUGUCGAGAUUACAGCGGAACGUGAUUCUUUUCCUGUUGGCCUUUCUGGUUCUGUGUGCAUUCCUGUCCUACACCCACUUGUCCAGCCAGUGGAAAGCUCUAGGCGGCAGCCCCACAGAAGGGGAGAGGCUGAGGGUGGAAAUGCCUGGACUGAAACCAGCAAACCCACCUGUGUUACCAGCUCCUCAGAAGGCGGACGCCAGCCCAGAGAACAUGCUCACGAUGUUGCCUCAGAAACCUUGGAAGCAUAUCCGGCGGGGACCACCCCGUCUGCAGAUUAGGGCCCCCAACAUAGACACCAAGGACGGGACGCAGGGUGAGGAUAAGGAGCAAGUGGCCGCCCCGAGGGACACUCGCCAGGAAGAAACUCCACAGCGAACAGUCAUCAGCUGGCGGGGAGCAGUGAUUGAGCCUGAGCAGGGCACCGAACGCCCUUCAAGAAGAGUAGUGGCCUCCACUGUGCCCUCUGUGCCAGCAGCGAGGAUGCAGACGGACCCUGGCUCCCCGAAUGCACGCCAGAAAGGGGUGAUUGAGGCCUUUCUCCAUGCAUGGAAAGGAUACUGCAAAUUCUCCUGGGGCCACGAUGAGCUGAAGCCAUUGUCCAGGUCCUUCAGCGAGUGGUUUGGCCUGGGUCUCACCCUGAUCGAUGCCCUGGAUACCAUGUGGAUUCUGGGUCUAAAAAAAGAAUUUGAAGAAGCCAGGAACUGGGUAUCAACAAAGCUGAACUUUGAGAAAGAUGUGGAUGUCAACCUGUUUGAGAGCACCAUCCGCAUCCUCGGGGGCCUGCUGAGUGCCUACCACCUGUCGGGGGACAGCCUGUUCCUGAGGAAAGCUGAAGACUUUGGAAACCGGCUGAUGCCUGCUUUCUCCACGCCCUCCAAGAUCCCGUACUCCGACGUGAACAUUGGCACUGGAGUCGCCCACCCACCCCGGUGGACUUCAGAUAGCACAGUGGCCGAGGUGACGAGCAUCCAGCUGGAGUUCCGGGAGCUCUCUCGCCUCACGGGGGUUAAGAAAUUCCGGGAGGCCGUGGAGAACGUGACGAGGCACAUCCACUCCCUGUCUGGGAAGAAGGACGGGUUGGUGCCCAUGUUCAUCAACACGCACAGUGGCCUCUUCACCCACCUGGGCGUGUUCACCCUGGGCGCCAGGGCUGACAGCUACUACGAGUACCUGCUGAAGCAGUGGAUCCAGGGCGGGAAGACAGAGACACAGCUGCUGGAGGACUACCUCGCAGCUGUCCAGGGGAUAAAAGCACACCUGCUGCGGCGCUCCGAGCCCAAGAAGCUCACCUUCGUCGGGGAGCUUGCCCACGGCCGCUUCAGUGCCAAGAUGGACCACCUGGUGUGCUUCCUGCCAGGGACACUGGCCCUGGGCGUCCACCACGGCCUGCCCACCGAACACAUGGAGCUGGCCCUGGCGCUCAUGGAGACCUGCUACCAGAUGAACCAGCAGAUGGAGACAGGGCUGAGCCCUGAGAUUGCCCACUUCAACACCUUCUCCCAGCCCGGCCUGAAGGACGUGAUAGUCAAGCCGGCUGACAGGCACAAUCUGCUGCGCCCGGAGACUGUAGAGAGCCUGUUCUACCUGUACCGCUUCACGGGGGACCGCAAGUACCAGGACUGGGGCUGGGAAAUCCUGCAGAGCUUCAACAAGCACACGCGGGUCCGCUCUGGUGGCUAUUCUUCCAUCAACAACGUCCAGAGCAUCCACAAGCCAGAGCCCAGAGACAAGAUGGAGAGCUUCUUCCUGGGCGAGACGCUCAAGUACCUCUACCUGUUGUUUUCCGACGAUAGAGACCUGCUCAGCCUGGACCACUACGUAUUUAACACUGAAGCCCAUCCGCUGCCCAUCUGGAGCCCUGUCUAGGGGCGGCUCCCAGCCUGGGCCUGUGGGAGGGAAGCAGCUGCCUUUUGGGGCCCUGGGUGUUUUCACAGUGCCUGUGUGGUGGCAGCAGGCAGCUGCUGAGGGUCCCUGUGCUCCUGCCCUGGCCAUUGUCUCUGCAUGGGUCAGCAGGCAUGGGGUCAGCAGGCAUGGGAUUCAGGGUGGUUAGUCCACGGGAGCCUCCAGCUUCCUUGACGACACUCGGAUCGUCAGUCUUGACCCCUGAACACCUGUCACUUGUUGCAGGGAGCCAUGUGGUGGUCCCAGGACCGCUGGUCACCUGGGCUGCUCCAGCCCCUUGCGUUCUGAGAGGAGCUGGCUGGUAGCCGGUGAGGCAGCUGAGCCACAGCCAAGAGUGCAGGGGUGUCAGGCUGCCGUGGCCUGCUGUGGUGUUUACAUGUUGGACUCAGGGAUCUUCUUGGCUGCUCUGCAGGGCCCAGGCUGCCAGAUGGAAUGGGACUUCUCAGCUGGAUGUGGUCAGCUCCCUCUGCCCAUGACAGUGCCCAGAAGUGAGGGGUCCCUGUGGGUGGGGAGAGGCCUGUGGAGGUCCCUUAUCCUGCAUCUCGCAUGGGGCCACUUCCUAUGGUGGAGGAGGACCCUCGUCCUGGGUAGUACCCUGUGGCCAGGACAGGAGGCGCCUAUGCCACACCCGCCUGAAGUGGGGUCUUUGUGCCUUUGUGUGGUCCUCCUUGUCCUGGUGUGUCAGGGGCAGUGCCCCCAUCCUGAGGCUGAUGCCGCCCCCCAGGCUGGGGCACCCCCUAGGGUAGCACACUCCACUCCCAUGUGAACCCUGAGGAGCCCAUGGUUGGGGCCUCUUUGCCUGGAAAGCCAAGAGCACAGGCAGCACAGGGCCUUUGCACCACAUGCCCCUGCAGACCCAGUUCAUGAGGUGGGCAGGACCUGUCCUCUGGCCACCUGCAGCUCGGCGUCAGGGUGGCAGCCCCAUUCCCUCCUGGGACAGCAGGUGCCCAGGGGCUUCCUCUGAAAUGCCUGCUCUCAAGUGUUUGUGGGAAAGGACCAGCCGAUGCGUCCCUAGCCCUCCCCACACAGGGUGGCUGUGCUGUGCCCUCCUGAGCCAGGCUCAUGGGCUCGCAAGUGGGCAGCUGAGGACACCCAUUCCUCUGGCACCCAGCCUUGCUUGCAGUUGUGCUGCCAGGGCAGGGUGGCUAAGGCUGGGGACUUAGAGACAGCAGCUGUCCUGGGGGCCAGGGACCAACUGCCGUGCAGGGAGCCAGUGCUCUGCAUGGUGUGGCUGCAGUGCCCCAACCCUGUGUGGAGCGCUGUCCAGGGCGUCACCCUGGGAAAGAGCGCAUUCUGUCAUUACCCGAUACCGACCUCAGCACCGAAGAGUCUGUGCUUUAUUAAACGUUUAUUGGUUCA